UCCUGGCUGGAAUGCCCGUCCAGCCCACGUGGCAUCUACACAGCACAUGGGACGAAUAUCAAAAUAUCUUUAGGGGAAAAAAAAAAUCCAUGCAAACACAAAUGUGCAAAUUCCAUAUGUAUAGUGAAAGGUAGGGAACUGUUUCUUCAUCCGAAAUGGAGCAGCACUCAUCACUAAACUAUCAUGCCACCCUGCUUCAUGUCAGGCAUCCAAAUGAAUCUGAUGCCACUUUGUAUGUAUUCAUCAUAAAGUGCGAGAAGAUUUUCAUCUCUUGAAAUGAUUGUAUUGAUAAAAUACUGAAGUCAAAGAAAGGGAAUAAUUAGGCAUCAUUGGUGGAUACUUUCAAAUUUUUAGAAAAGUCACUUAAGAAGUCAAAGCCACUGAUGUGCUUCUGUCAAAAAAUAAGCAUUGCCUUGAAAUUGGCCCACCGUCCAUUUAAAAAAAGAAAAAGAAAAAUCUAAUAAUGCGAACAAUUUCUGUUUGGCACAGAGACUGAUUGACUGCAGUCAGUCAGUCGGUCUCCUUGACACAUCUGAAUGCCCUUUACAUAUUCUCCUUGCAUGUAUUACAAUACUGUUUUAUUAAACCAACCCACAAGAGAAAAAGUUCCACAUGGUCAUCCUCAGAGCCAAGAGCUUCAAAAUAAAUAAAAACAAAGCUGUCAUUUUGUCUGACACGUGUCUUCAAUCCCCAGUUGCCUCAGCAAUGCAGAGCAAUGGGUAAUUUUAGGCAGGUUUUAUUGGGGUGGGGGGGGGGGGGGGUGCCUAGUGUUUUAAAAACUGAUCGGCUCCAGAGAAGGACAGGGAGAGAAAGAGAGAGAGAGAAAAUGAAAUAAAGAGAAACAGAUAAAACACACAUGAAAAAAUUUUAAGAUAUCAGCCAUAAAAACAAGUAGCGUGAAAUAGCACUUCACUUCAUAGUGUUUAUCGUUCAUGCAUUCUGCGCGCUCAUCAUCACUUCCUUGAGUGUGUUGAGCUAACUAAUUUUAAGCAUGAGUGUCUACUGUGCCUGUCAGUCUCUCUGUAGACAAAGCUAUUUGAAAUAUUUUGAGCACUGAGACUUAAGCCAGCCGUUUGCAGGCUGUGACACUAAUGGUCCUCCUCAGAUGCAGGCUUAAUCAGUAGGACGCCAACAGCAAAGUUACACAGCUGCUUCACCGGCACGGCGCUUAGCAGGGACUGAGGAGCAGCCAGCUUUCUGUCUGAGGAACAUGUGACAACGCAAAAGGUCUUCACGUUAUACCACUCAAAGCUCAGUGUACAGAAGAAGCUGCACUCAGACGUCCAAAAGUAUGUUCCUUUGGACAAGCACCAGAGCUUCUCAAGGUACCCAGCAUGAAAGAAGGACAUUUUACCAGAAAAUACGUCAGUAUGAGCUCUUGGAUAAAAAGAAAACUGUUACAGCUUUAAAAGCAGGAGAAGACCGAGCCAUUCUGUUGGGCCUUGCGAUGAUUGCCUUAUCAAUGAUGAUGUACUUCCUUCUGGGAAUUACGAUGAUCCGCUCCUACAAAGACAGUGUUUGGAAAGGAGAAUCACGGUGCAGCCUCUUCAACCUCAGCAUCAUAGGUGACAGGAACUGUACAUACAGCUGUGGCACAGACUGCCUGAAAGUCUCUAAAUACCCCUGUCUGCGGGUCUAUGUGAAUCUGAGCUCUUCUGGGAAAAUAAUGCGACUGUCACACAUGGAGAUGCCAGACGUAAAUACAGAGUGCUUUUAUGUUCCAAAGUGCAAGAAGAAUUCCACUGUGGCCCAGGGCAUCAUUGACAAUAUAUCAGAUUACUUCAAGAAUCACCCCAAUUUCUCUUGCUUUUAUGACCCUUCAGAGAAACAAGAGAACGUCAUAUUAACUCGACUCUAUGGCCCUCAUGUCAUCUUUCACUCUCUCUUUUGGCCAUCCUGUGUUCUCACUGGCGGGACUCUCAUAGUCGCCAUGGUAAAACUGACUCAGUACCUGUCAAUGCUUUGUGAAAGGAUAAGCAAAAUCAAAAGGUGAAUGUAUUCAUAUGAAACGAGGAUAAAAAAAACAAACAAAGAAACAGCUUUUUUUGUAUUGCUAAUUACACCAAAGAAUGUCAAAAGCUUGACUCUCAAAUUGUGACUCAAGGGAUCACGUUGUCUGUUAUUUUCCAGCUGGCUUAUUUAUUUCUCAAAGGAACCAUAGUACCUUAAGUCUGUAACCUUGGAAAGAUAAAUGCAAACUAGACUGGUUGGUUCAAGCCUAAAGGAUGCCAGGCUACUGAAGACGUGUGAUGUGAUCUGCAAAAUCCAUGACACAAGAGACGAACGGCGCAUCAUGCGUGGCCAUACGGCUACGGAUCAACAGACUCCAAGAUGAACGAGUAUUAAGCAGGCCAGAUCUGCAACUUUCGUUUUACAUUUGUGAACAUUAAUGAGUCACGAGCGGGUUGAAAAUGGACAGAUGGAUGAAUGUAUGGAGGCUCACUUUAAAGUUUCCAGCUAAUGAUCAAGAGGAGUGUUAAGCCUAAUGGUCCUGAAAACAACACUUUGCAAUACAUGAUUCCAGAUUUCAGGUGUAAGUACACUUGUUUCUGUAAUGACAAAAGCUCAGUAUGUUCAGUUGUACACACUUGCCUUACUAUUCAAAGAUAUAAUUAUUUUUUGCUUUUUUAUUACUGAUAUCAAUGUCCCUUUAACUGCAAAAAAUAAAAAUAAAAAUGGAUAUAUGUUACUCAGAAAUAGAAAAUGAUGGUGUUUUAAGCAGUAGCCCACACAAAAGACGCAUCUGCAGUACAUACAUGCAAUAAAUGUGAAAAGCUCAGCAACAACAGGGAGCAUUUAUGAGUGAAGUGUAGUCAUUAUAUAGCACCUUCCAUCGUGAGUACUGUAAAGACACUUUGAGCCAGACAAAUUAUGAAGUUCCAUGAGUAAGUGUUUUGGGGGACACAUUACAUAAAGUGUUCUUCCUUAUAUUUUACGUACAUAGCCAGUAAUUACAGUGUGGCUAUGUCUUGUGACGGUGCACCUAAUCUGGGAGCCCAGCAAAGGUACACAACAACUGAGGACAGUCAGUGUGGUGGGACAAUUGUAAAUGUCAACUUGGAAAUGCCAUUACUGAGUUUCCAAAAAUAAGCACAUCAACACACAUCAAAACAUAUGCAAACCUGUUCCAGGAUCUUUUAUUUUUAAGCUGAAAAGGAAAGCAGUGACCACCCAGUGAGAACAUAUUCCCAGUUUUAAUUCCAGCUAUUCCUACUAGAUUUUGCGUUUUUUCCAUAAAUAUGAAUAAAUCCCCUAUUUGUUGUUUAAAGGGGUUGUUUUGCACUAUAGGUUGUAUUUCUGUAGUCAGUGUAUCUUUGCUUUAUAAUGCCUUUUCUAUUUAACACUUGCUAAUUUUUACAGACACCAGCAGCAUAUUUAGAAUGUAAAUUUCUAUAUAUUUAAACUGCUUCAGAAGGGAAACACAGUUAGAUGUUUUUCGUUAUAUUAUGUAAUGUCCACUGUUCCUUUUUGCUUUUUAAAACUUCUAGGAAAUCUUUGAUAUUUUUUUCAGACCUGAUUAAACCUUUGUGAAUAAUGUUAGAAAGACUGGAGGUCAAAAGCCAUUGUGAAGAACAGCACUGAGAACAACACCAUUUACAAGUGGCAGAAAAUUGAAUUGCACAAUCAGUAAAGUCGUGUAGUCACCCUGUUUAGGAUACCCCCGUUGUUUUCAUGAUUAUUUACCAGUGAAGAGAAGCACCUUUCACUCACAUUAUAUAGCACCUUUCAUGGUGACCUUUGCCCCAAAGACUUCUCCAAGUAUGAUGCAUUACAGUCUCCACUGGAGAUUAGCAUUAACAUUUUCCUCCUAGUAUUUCUUAUGAUCAUCAAAGGGAUUUUAAUUCCAAAUCUAUUUUAUUAUUGUACACUUCUAAAAAUCAAAGUGAUAUACAGUAAUAGAAAUGUUACUUAGCUACAAAAUGGCAAAGAUGAUUACAAUGUAAGAAAAGUGAACAAUAAAACAAUUCACUGAAAAGAAACAGUUUUGAUUCUUUUUUUGAUUCUUAUCCCUCAUCCUCAAAGCAUGUGUUAUAUUUAGUUUAGAUCUCU